AUGGAACAGAUUCAAAGUGAGCGAAAGUCAGAUGAUCACAACAUGAAUGACCGCGGACAAAAGGCUUCUGUCGUCGGCAGGCCCGGACGCCGAGUCUACCAGCCCAGCGGCGUGGUUACAUGUUGUGGCAAUGUGCCGGCCGGCCGGCCGGCAAGCCUGGUCGGUUGUAAAGGCGGCUUGAUGGCGGAAACUGGGUGCAGACGAAGAAGCGAUGCUGCCGAUGUCAACUCGAUGGUACCACCGAUGAGGUGGGGCGGUGCCACACGAACUCACCGUGGUUGGAUCGAUUGCGUGAGGACGACAGGCAACAUGGGCGCACACAGUUCAGGGUCACAUGAAGAACGGCCGGUCGGCUGGCCGGCUGGCGCGUGGAUGAGGGAAAAAGACACAUCACGUGUUUCUAUGACGCUCUGGUUUCGGCUUCGAGACGGCGACCUGAAGAAGUGUCGGUGCACAGAUGCCCUGGUCCGAGAACGCAGUGUGUGUGUGUGCCCACGCCAAUCGCCAGGUUGGCGUGGUCAAGCCAGCAGAUUUACCCGAUUGGCAGAAACCGGGGUGAUUUGCGUGGGCGAAUCUGAGCGCCACGCUAAUACCGACCCUAGAGACAGAGAGUUGGCAACUAGGCUGGACUGGACUGGUCGGUCUGGCUGUGUCUUCUGUUGGGACAUCAGCAGACGCGAAGAGGGGAAAUGCCCUUCACCCUCCAAGCCUCAUCCAGGCCUUCACCUCUUGGCUGCGCUGUCGCGCCAAUUACCUACACCAACAACAACCCAAAUUUGCCAGGUGGGGGAGUCGGCGUGUGUGUGUGUGUUGAGAGUGGGGUUGGUAUGGUUUGUCUCUUCAGUGGGCAAAGCAGGCCUUUAUUUGUCCGUCUACCGGCGAUGA